AUGGGAGACACCCUUCAAGUGAACGAUAGCAGCAUGCAGGCGUUGGCUGCUUACCUCCAAAAGACCCUCGAGCCCUCCACUCGUCACGAAGCUGAGGUGUUUUUGAACAAGCUGGAGCAGAACCAGAACUUCGGACAGCUGGUUUUGCAGCUGAUUGCGACAAAGUCCUACGACUUGCAUAUUCGCUUUGCCGCGUCACUUUUGUUCAAGAACUUUAUCCGCCGCAAUUGGAUGAUUGAUGAUGAGCGGGACAACAGGAUCACAGCAGGGGACAGGGAUGCGAUCAAGGGCAGGAUCGUUGAUUUGAUGACCAUCUCCGAGGCCAGGAUCCAACUUCAACUCUCUGACGCAGUCACCCAAAUCGCCGACACUGACUUUCCUCAAAAGUGGCAAGGACUUAUUCCUGAACUUGUCAGCAAACUGAACGCUCAGGAUUUUGUUACCAACAACGGACUCUUACAAACCGCACACUCUAUCUUCCAAAGAUGGCGUCCUCUGUAUCCUUCGGACAACCUUUACACCGAGAUCAAGAUUGCAUUGGAAAGCUUCUGCGAGCCCUACCGUCAAGUUUUCUUGGCUACGGACAGAAUGAUUGAGGCUAGCGGGCAAAAUGCCCCCCAGCUCAAGGUUCUUUUUGAGACUCUUCACCUGUUGACGGAGAUCUACCACGAUUUGAACUGCCACGACAUCCCUGAGUACUUUGUCACGCAUCUUCAAGAGUUCCUGGGUCUCUUCCACAAGUAUUUGAGCUACGAUAACCCUCUGCUCGCUGGAGACGACGAUGACACACCUGGACCUAUCUUGCAAGUCAAGGCGUCAAUUUGCGAGGUCGUCGAGCUUUAUAGCAAGCGCUACGAGGAGGACUUUACUUCACUGCCAGAUUUCAUUCAGACCUCAUGGGCUCUGUUGACUACCCUCGGAUUGGAGCCCAAGAAUGAUACGCUGGUAAGUAAGGCAAUGUCUUUCUUGACGUCGGUUGUCAAGAACGGUCGUCACAAGGAGAUGUUCAGCUCAAAGGAGGUUCUCUCGCAGCUCUGCGAGAAGAUUGUACUUCCCAACAUGGGACUGAGAGAAUCGGACGAGGAGCUGUUCGAGGAUGAACCAAUUGAGUACAUUCGCCGCGAUCUCGAGGGCUCGGACAGCGAAACACGCCGCAGGGCCGCAACAGAGUUGGUUCGUGGACUGUUGGAUCAAUACCCCACCGAUGUCACUGCCAUCAUCACCAACUACAUCCAACACUACCUCCAGCGAUACAACAGUAACGUGGCUGCGAACUGGAAGGACAAGGACGCUGCCAUGUUUUUGCUGACAAGUAUCGCCGCCAAGAGCUCUGGAUCCCAGUUCGGAGUCACCGAGACAAACGCAGAGGUCAACAUUCUGGACUUUUUCGAGAAGAAUGUUAUCCCCGAUCUCAACGCGGCAGUCUCUGGGGCCAUUCACCCCAUAUUGAAGGUCGAUGCCAUCAAGUACCUCUACACCUUCAGAGGACAGUUCUCAAAGGAUCAGCUCCUCGGAGCGCUGCCUCUUCUAGCACGCCACCUGGAGAGCACCAAUUACGCCGUCUACACCUAUGCCGCCAUCUGCAUUGAGCGCAUCUUGUUCAUGCGCGUCUCUGGUGCUACCGGACCUAUGUUGUUCUCCUCCGAUGACAUUGCACCUCUGGCUGAAGCCUUAACCUCCAACUUGUUCCGCCUCAUUGAGCUUGGACAGACCCCCGAAAAGUUGGCUGAAAACGACUACCUCAUGAAGUGCCUAAUGCGUUUGAUUUUGACGGUUCGCGAGAAGAUGAUGCCCUUGGUCAGUCUCUGUUUGGCUCGCUUGACCGCUAUUGUCCAGGCUGUGAGCACCAACCCCAGUAACCCCAAGUUCAACCACUACGUCUUUGAGAGUAUUGGUGCCUUAAUCCGUUUCAUCUGUACUGCCUCGCCCGAGGCUGCUGGACAGUUCGAGAACCUCCUGUUCCAGCCCUUCCAGGUCAUUCUCCAGCAGGAUAUUGUCGAGUUCACUCCUUAUGUCUUCCAGUUGCUCUCACAGCUGUUGUCCUUCAACGCUGGUACCGAACUUGCACCAUCCUACCAGGCUCUGUUCCUCCCACUCGUGCAACCUACUCUUUGGCAACAGCAAGGAAACAUCCCUGCUUUGGUUAAGCUGUUGCAGGCAUACUUGCAGAAGGGAUGGCCAUGGAUCGUUGCCAACAAUCAGUUGGAGCCUUUGCUGGGAGUCUGCCAAAAGUUGGUCUCGUCGAAGAUUAACGACCACCACUCGUUCGAACUCCUUCAGACCAUGAUUCUCAAUGUCCCCAUGUCUACGCUCGGAAACUAUAUGAAGCAUGUGUUGGUGAUGUUGCUGACUCGCCUUCAAACGCACAAGACAGACAAGUUCAGGAAGGGAUUUAUCAACUUUUCGUUCUUUUACAUGGCGCUGGAUCUAGAGGGAACUGGACCCGAUGGUUAUUGGGCACUUUUUGACACUGUACAGUCGGGAUUGUUUGUCCAGUUCUUGAAGACGGCAUGGUUGGCUGAGGCACAAAAGGUGUCUGGUCGCAUUGAGCGCAAGACUUGUGCUGUGGCGAUGGUCCGUCUCUUGACCAGCUGCAGAACCAUUACCGAGGGAACCAAUUUUGAUGCAGCCUGGCCUUCGGUGAUGAAUGCGUUGGUCAAGUUGUUUGAGGCGCCUCAGGAUGUGAAGGGAGCUACACAGGAUGCCGCUAUGGAUGCAGAUCUGUAUGCGAUUGACAUUGAGGAGACUGGAUACCAGUCUCAGUUCUCUCAAUUGGCCACGACAUCGAGCAGCAAGAUUGAUCCUACUGCUCAGAUCCAGGACCCCAAGCAGUUCCUUCUCGAGGGCAUUGUCCGUUUCAAUCAAGCAUACCCUGGACGAUUCCAGCACGGGCAAGUCCAGCUGCAGCCGGAUACACAGGCCCAUUUGGCCAACUACCUGUCGUCAGCAGGGAUCGCUCUUCAAGGAAUUAAUGAUGUCUCGGUGUCGUCCACUGGGUCUUCGGACCGGGUCGUCUUUUCUGCUGAGGAACAACUCCUUCUCUAUGGCGCAUACAAGCAGGCGACAAAGGGCGAUGUGAAAGUGCUAAAGCCAACGUUCUUCGAUAUCGCUGCCAGGAGCAAGUGGCAGGCAUGGGCAAACAUGCGGGGCAAGACCCAGGAUGAAGCCAAGGCCGUCUACGUCAAGCUCGUCGUCAAGUCGUUGACGAAACCCGACAACCAUCCGGAUCACUACAUGCUCGCAGACGAAAUCAUCCAACGACCCCCUUCACCACCCCCUUCCCUCUCCCGUGCUGCCUCCCCAACAACAACAACAACUACAACUUCAAACCUUGACAAGGACCUUCCUCCCAUUCAAUUCGAGCCCACCUCUUCCACUUCUAAACAAUCCUCAACAAAAGAUACCCAACACCCAUACCAACACCAACGGAAAGGAUCUGUUAGCCAUUCGAUCCGAUCGGUCGCGACCGGAGGGAUCCACUCUGCAGCUGCCUCUGUUUAUGAGCUCGCGAAUGAACAGCCCUUUGACACUGAGGCUGAUACGACUCCCGCCGUUAAUACAAAGACGACGACCACCACCACCGACUCCACAAAUCAACCGUCGUAUCAUGAGAUCACAGAGACAUUGGUCGAGGAGGAGAUCUUGGACGACGACGAGUAUGCCAACGAGAUCCAAAAGGUCACCAUGGCCUCGCCCACUUUUUCACAGUCGCCAUCCAGUCCGUUCGGGCAGCAGCAACAGCAUGGCAAGGACGAUACGGACGCUGACAAUGAGGAGGAAGAUGAUGAUGUCUACCAGUCUUCAGUAGAGUAUGACGAUGACGAUGAUCGGGGCAGCUCCCUUGGGUCUGCGCGUUCUUCGACCGAGAUCCAGCCAACAACGGUGACCACGACUCGACAACAGCAACAGGAGCAUCAAGUUAAGGGUGACGACUUCAUCGAUGAGGGUGUAUUUGAUGAGGAGGAGAAGGAUGAACUGGUCGCGGUUGUUGACGACUCGCCGCGGUUCAAGCUGGAAGCACCCACACCGGUUGCAGAGUUUGAUGAGAAGCAUGCAGCACCAUUGCCGCCAUUGUCGAGCGGUUUUCAACUUGUUGGCGCGGGACAGAAUAAGCCAUUGGGAUCGCCUGUGGUGGAACCGUACCGGGUCAAUGUUGCCCUUGAAACCCCCUCGACUCCACAAUCAGUACCACCAACGAUAGCGUCACCCCACGCGCAUGCUGGCGCAGGUGAGGAAGCUGUCUGCCCGGUCUCGAAGAAGACUGCUUCAUCAGGAGGAGUGUGUCCUGCGGCCAUGUUUGCCCAGGCAAGAGCCGCCGCUGCAGGAACUAGCGCCAAGACUGACGAGGGGGCAUUGGAACCUCAACAAUCGACCCACUCUAGCCCAGAACCAGUCCCCACUGUUACUGCUGAACAGGCUGAGCCAUUGGACAACACCACCCAACACCAUCGCGCCACAACAGAGCCUGCCCCCUCGGCAGCACCAGCCCCAUCUUCUUCGUCAACCUCCUCUGCGGUCACUGCUGCUACCAAUCAGGGCAAGAGGAUCGGACAAGGGAUCGUGUCUCGGUUCACGGCACUCAGGAGCAGUCUAGCAGCCGCCUCUGCUCGUGCUGCAUCCUCUGCACUCUCUAGUGGCUCCUCUUCUUCGUCUUUGACCCUCAAGAACAAGAAUGCGGUGGUGGUCAAGGAUCCUAUCACCAACCAGUCCGUCACAAUCGUUUGCCCACAUCUCGAAACCACACAAGUCCUCGAGACCGAAGUGGUCCGCAUGCAAACAGAAAUCUCUGUUCUCCACGAACGCCUCGACCUCCUCCAGGAAUCGCUCAAGAUCAAAUCCCAAACUCGGGCUCAGGAGCGUCGUUCGGCAAGAGGGAUCUUGAAGUUGGUCCUUCGCCAGGGGUUGAUCAAUGCGGUAUUGUUGUUGAUUGUGUUUGCGGUGUUGUAUAAGCGCAAGUCUCCAAUUGCAUUUGCGAUCUUGGCAUAUGUAGGGCAGGGUGCGAAGGAGGGCGAGGCUGGAUGGAGGGCGUUGAUGAGGUGGUCUGCGGAUGUUGUACGGACGAGCCAGAGGAAUCAGACGUUGAUGCUUCGUGCUGGACGGAGGAACGGGUACUGGUAG